GCUCUCUGGGCCGUAGGAAAUGAGCGAUAAUGAUGACAUCGAGGUGGAGAGCGAUGCUGACAAACGGGGUCAUCAUAAUGCACUGGAACGAAAACGUAGGGACCACAUCAAAGACAGCUUUCACAGUUUGCGGGACUCGGUCCCAUCACUCCAAGGAGAGAAGGCAUCCCGGGCCCAAAUCCUAGACAAAGCCACAGAGUAUAUCCAGUAUAUGCGAAGGAAAAACCACACACACCAGCAAGAUAUUGAUGACGUCAAGCGGCAGAAUGCUCUUCUGGAGCAGCAAGUCCGUGCACUGGAGAAGGCGAGGUCGAGUGCCCAACUGCAGACCAACUACCCCUCCUCAGACAACAGCCUCUACAUCAACGCCAAGGACAGCACCAUCUCUGCCUUCGAUGGGGGCUCAGACUCCAGCUCGGAGUCGGAGCCCGAAGAGCCCCAAAGCAGGAAGAAGCUCCGGAUGGAGGCCAGCUAAGCUCCACGGGACAGGCCAGCAAUAAAAACUGUCUGUCUCCUCCAUCGUCUUAUCCUCCUUUCAGUUCAUCUUUAAAACCCUCAGAACCAUUUAAGAGACUCUUUAUUUU